CUCCGUACAUGGUUAAAUCGCUGUCGUUGUUUCAGUUAUUUCACCAAUUGCACAAUAGAAACACCAGAAAUCUCAUUACAGCAUAGCACAUCUUGAUUCUCUACAUAUCGCCCUUCGUAAAUUCAGUCUCUUUUCUCUCACAAUGUUCCGAUCACUCAGAUCCCGUCCCCAGCAGUGCCUUCGAGGCGUCGUCGUCCGACACAACUCUACAGCUGCUCCAACAGCACCGCCCUUGCUCUUUAAGAUAAAAUCAGAUCUGAAGGAUGCCAUGAGGGCGAGGGACACCGCCAGACUCAACGUCCUCCGCGCCAUAAUAUCAGAAACAAACAACGCCGCAAAGACCCCCUCGCCCAUAAAAACUGACAUCCAGCUCCUAAAGCUCUUAAACAAGCGCACCGCUGCGCUAAAGGAUGCAAAGGGUGAAUACCUAGAGGCGGGCCGAGCAGACUUGAUCGAGAACGCGAAUAAAGAACUAGAAGUUUUGGAAAGAUACGCUAGCCAGGUGGAAACGAUAAGCAAUGAGGAGGUCCGAGCUGCUGUCUCGAGAGCUAUUGAAAAAAUGAAAAAUUCCGGGGAAAAGAUUGCUAUAGGGACUGUCAUAAAGGCGCUGGUGGGACCCGGGGGUUCGUUGGAAGGGAAACCAGUGCAGGUAGGGGAGAUCUCGAAGAUUGCGAAGGAGUUGAUAUCCUAGGGAGUGGGGGAAAAUUAUAGGGGAGUUACGUGUAUAUCACCACUAUGUAUGCGGAAAAUUACGGGCGUUUGCUUUUCUUUUCUUUGUUUUUUCACUCUCCUUUCUUCUCCACUCCUUUCCUUUACCCCCCAUCGGAGGGCGUGAUUGGGGCGCAGAUAUGGGUGUACAAUAUGACUCGUGAAACGGGGGGGCCGGGGGAGCGUACGGGGUCAGCUUCUUUAUCUAGCAUCAGGUAGUAUCGUCCGCCGGGUGUACAUUUCAGUUACAGCUAGCUCGCACAUCGAUUUCUCCGAGAUGGAAAUGGUCCGUUCGCCCGCUAUAUAUUGUUGCUAUGAUGAAAUAUAAUGGAAGAUUUUCCCCGUUUCCCCGUUUCCCCGUUUCCCCCUUGGAAUUACAUUUCUAGCCCUUCCCUGGUACAAGAAAAUGAACGAGUACCGUCAUAGCUCGGGAUAAUUUAUGAGAGGUGAAUGAAUCAAUUGAAUACUCGGCCAAUUUUCGAAUUGUUUUUAGCAACGGGGUACGGCGGGCUUUAGGGGGUGUGAAAUAACGGCACGACUCGAUAUAGUCAAUAUUAGUAUCUAUCACUUUGCAUGAGAAAGCAGUAGGAGGGAGGAGGACUCUAUAGGCCUGCUAGUACAAAAGCUGGACGACCAGCCUGAUCAUAUAAUAGAUUUUAAACACUUAUUGGUAUCCCAUUUUGCUCCCUCCUUAACGCCCAGUCUAUCCCAAGAUAGUCCCUCA